GGCAUCAACUUGGGCACCGGCCCGGCGCCUAGCACAGACGGGGCUCUUGUCGUUUCCACAUCCAAGACUGGAUCCCAAUUGGCGUCACAACGACGGGAACCCCUGUCAACCCUGUCCACCAGCCUGGACGCUCGCUGGUUUUAGCGGCUCGCUCCCGAGUCCCAACCUUCCGGUCCAUCCCAAGCAAUCCUACAGCACUUUCACGCUUCACCUCAUCUUCACUCUGCGAUCCAAACCACACUUUCCCGUCCGACCCGACGACCCAAACUAUUCCUAACUCCCAUCGCCAACCCGACUCAACAAUCCCAUUCUUCCGGAACAGGACAGUUUCUCAACACAUUCCGCGCAAACACCGGGCAGCCCGAACCAACUGUCCCGCCCGGUCUCGUGUCCUCGCGCGACACAAUGUCGGGAACAAUGAGCAAGCGCCAACAGGCGCGCAACGAAAAGGUUCUCCACGAACUCGCCCAAGCUCCCGGCAACAAUGUUUGUGCCGACUGUUCGGCACGGAAUCCAUCCUGGGCAUCAUGGAGCUUGGGAAUCUUCCUGUGCAUGCGGUGCGCCACUAUCCACCGCAAGUUGGGCACCCACAUCUCCAAGGUCAAGUCAUUGAGCAUGGAUAGUUGGUCCAACGAGCAAGUCGAGAACAUGAAAAAGGUGGGCAACAUUGCCUCCAACAAGAGCUACAACCCCGACAACAAAAAGCCGCCUAUACCGGGCGACGCCGACGACGUAGACCCCGCGAUGGAGAGGUUCAUUCGUCAAAAAUAUAUGCAGCGAUCCCUGGCCGGCGCCAAGAAGCACAACACCGGCAGCACCUCGUCUGACGAAACACCCCCGCCGCUUCCCCCAAAAACCGGCAGUCGCUUUGGCUUGAGGUCGGCAUCAUCCAUAUUCCCACUUGGCUCGAAAAAGAAACACGACACGGGCAGGUCGGCCUCUCCUGGGCCACGGAGUCCGGCAUCCCCUCGAACCAAUGGAGGCUUUGGGGCAACGGUUCGAUUUGAGAGCAACGACGCCGACGAAACCGAGAUCAAGCUACAAAAGCUGCGAGAUAUGGGCUUUAGGGAUGAACAAAGGAACGCCAUGGUUCUUAAGGGGGUUGGCGGAAAUCUGGAAAAGACAAUCGAGGCGUUGGUCAGGCUGGGAGAGGGAAGCGAGGCGCGAACACCGCUCAACCUGAACAAGAAGCAGACACCCACGGCAUCCAGCCAGAGUUUGGCGCCAUCAACCUCCAGCCAGGACGCAGCCCGUGGACGACCUAUCAGCCCAGCCAGCACGAACCCGUUCGAUAUGCUCGACCAAGCACCACUGCCCCCUCAGCCGUUGUCCUCUCAAUCGACAGGCACUCUACAAAACAGGAACCCUUACAAUAUGACUACCACGAAUCCCUUUGGCGUACCCCAGCAAUCAGCCCCUCAGCAGCAGCAACCGCAACAGCAACAGCAACAGGCCAUGUCUGCGUUCGAUCAAGCUUUCCAGAACCUCUCGCUUGCUCCUUCCCAGCCGCUCUUCCCCCACCAUACAGGUGGAAUGAUUGCUCCUCAACAGCAGCAGAAUCUUCCGGCAGGAUACCAGCAACCCCAGAUGACAGGGCCGGCUCAGCAGAACUAUCCCUCGAUUGCUCUGGCCAGCAGCCAGGCUUUUCCCCUGACGUCCCAAGCUACCGGUUAUAACCCAUUCUUCAACAAUCAACAACAGCAACAGCAACAGCAGCCUCAGACCCAAUUCCAACCCCAGCAACCAAUGACCAUUAACACGACAGGUUACGCUGGUAGCUACGCAAAUAACCCUUUUGCUAAGUCACCAACAAGGUUGCAGUCACCCACCCUCACCCAAAUACCCGAACAGUCGCAACAAAACUUCUACGCUGGCGGACAAGCUCAGGCUCCCGCGGCCAUGCCUCUGGGAAUGCAACAGACAGGAAACAAUCCCUUCUUCAACCAAGCCAUGGGUGGAAUGCCCCAGCAGCAGCAGCAGCAGCAGCAGCAACAGGCACCCCAACAAUACGGACUUGCAGCACAAAUGACGGGACAGGUACCACAGUAUCAGACACAAGGUCAGGCUCAGGGACAAAUGCAGAUGCAAAAUCCCCAAGGAUCUCAGAUGCCCCAGAUGCCCCAGAUGCCUCAGAUGCAGCAAGGCGGAUAUGCGCCACAGCAACAAUAUCAACCACAGCAGCAACAACAGCAGUAUCAACCCCAACAGCAAUAUCAGCAACAGUUCCAACCUCAGCGACCCGACAAGGCGUCCAUCUUGGCUUUGUAUAACUACCCACAGCUUGCCCCACAACCACCCCAGGCGCAACAGCAAAACCCGGCUCAGGCCCAAGGCCAGCAGCCUCCGGCACAAGCUGGACAAGCCAACGGAGCAUAUGCUCAACAGGGGCAGCCUCAACAGCAACAGCAACAGCAACAGCAACAAAUGCAGCAGCCCCAAAACCAAGGGGCGGGAAGCCAAAUGGCGGGAAGCAAGAACCCAUUCAUGAGCGCAGGCGGACCGGCUCAGGGACAGCAGCAAAAUGUGGCGGCACCAAAGGCAUACAACGCAAGCAGGGAAAGUGUGAUGGCUUUGGGGAUGGACUGGACAAACGGGAGGCACAGUCCAGAUGCCUUUGCUAGUUUGAGCGCAAGGCAUUGAGUAAAAGUGGAUUUUCUACUCGAGUAAAGGGGAAGGCUGUUUCAGCUCAUUUAAGUUGCUGUUUGGUGGAGGUGUAAUUCGCGUUUCUUGUGUGGUAAUUGAUUUUAGUACAUCUUGUUGUUUUGGGGAUGAGAACAGCAUCUAUGAUUCAUUAUCCUUGUACAUAUUAGCUUUUGCCCGUUCAUAUGUCGGUUUAUGCCCCAUACUGCUAGGGUCAUCGAUUAACAUUGUGGUGUCAUUGUCUACCUAUAUUUCAUAUUUCGUUGUGUUUGAAUGUGGUUCAGUCUUCAAGAGUGCUAGAUGGUGGUCAAGGGGACUCGGAACAGGUGCAGGAUUUUGGGCAAGUAUCAUUUGGUGGCUACAUAAUAUAGUAUUGGCUUGCUGCGACCUCCCACUUACUAGCGCUCUGUCC